UUGAACCGUGAUGAACCCUCUGUGUACCUACUUGGGUUAUUUGUUCGUGAGUUACUGUUUGGUCGAAAAGGGUGACAAUGAAGCAGUGGCAGCGAGUACCAAAAGCAGUAAAGUUUUCAAUAUUGAGUACCAGUGGCAGUACGUCAACUUCACGUGGCCGUCGUACGCUGAUUACAGGAGAGCUGUAACCAGAAAGCACUACAUUCCGGAAAAUGUAGCCAUCACAGGAAUCAAGUACUACAAAGACAACAUCUACGUGGCGUUACCACAAAUCAGGAAAGGAGUGCCAGUAACCCUUGGUAAAUUUGGGCUAUCAAGCCCUAAGAUUAACCCAUUGGUUGAACCCUACCCCAGCUGGGACUACCAACUUCAUACUAAAGAUUGCACGAGUUUCCAAAGCGUCCAAAGUAUGGAAAUCGACAAAACUGGUAUUAUGUGGGUAUUGGAUGGCUUUAGAAUUAACAACAACACCAGAUGCCCACCGAAAUUAGUACUCCUCGAUUUAAACAACCACGGUAAAGAGAUCCUUUCUUACAUUUUUCCCAAAGAUAUUUGCUCGGUUCAUGGAGGGCACCUUAAGGACAUCGUAGUUGAUGAUUCCAACGACGGUUUUGCUUAUAUUACUGAUAAUAGUGUGUUAGAUCCGGGAUUAAUCGUCUAUUCACGUAAGCAAAAUCGUGCUUGGAAGCUCAGAGAUCGGACCAUGUUUGACGAAGAAGACUCUUCUGCUUUUACCGUUGGGAAUUUGACUUUUAGAAGAUUGGCACCUCUGGAUGGGAUCGCAUUGUCACCUUCACAAAGUAGGAACAAAUUGUUGUUUUACUCGCCUCUAGCUGGGAUGAAUUUGUAUUCCAUAAAGACGAAAGUUCUGAAGAACGAGAAAUUGAUUAACAGUGGUGACUGGAGGAGGGCUAUUAAGGUUGUCGGGAAAAAGCAGAGUCAAAGUGAUGGGUUGAUCAUGGAUCAUAAAGGAAACUUGUUUUAUACUCUUCCACCACUCUAUGGGGUCGGUACUUGGAAUAUUAACUCCGAUUUUGCUACUUCGAAGAUUGUGACGGAAGACAAGAAUAUGGUGUGGACCGGUGGGUUUGCCUUUGAUGAUAAAGGGAAUCUGAGGUUGCUAACGAAUAAUAUUAAUAAGUUUAUGGACCCGACGUACCCGUUGAGUCUAACUGGUGAUUUUAUGUUUAAAAUUUUCAGAUACUUCACGGGAACAAAGAGUUAUUUGUACUGAAUAAGUGCAUUAUUUAUUAUUAUUUUGUUAGGUAAUUUUAU